CAAGAGAACCCCGUUUCUGUUCUUCGGUUGAUCGCUGUUAUUUUUGGUGCAUUGUUAUCUUGCCAAUACGCGUCACUUUCAUUCUUUUUCUUUUCGUGCUGCUUUGAUCUGACGAGGUAAUGACGUCCCGGGUGUACGUGGGACACCUGAAUUAUGAUGUCCGUGAACGGGACUUGGAGAAGUUCUUCAAGGGCUAUGGCAGAAUCCGAGAAAUCUCCAUCAAGAAUGGAUUCGGAUUCGUGGAAUUUGAAGAUCAUAGGGACGCAGACGACGCGGUGUACGAGUUGAACGGGAAGGAGUUGCUUGGAGAUCGCAUAUCUGUGGAGCUGGCCCGCGGAAUGCGUCGAGGUGCGGACGCCUACCGCGGAGCAAGAGGACCGAUGCGUCGCUCUCCUCCUCGACGAAGCCGUUACGGACCCCCGACCCGGACGGAGUAUCAGCUGACCGUGGAGAAUCUGAGCAGCCGGGUCAGCUGGCAGGACCUGAAGGACUUCAUGCGCCAGGCCGGAGAGGUGACCUACGCCGAUGCACACAAGUUGAGGAAGAAUGAAGGAGUGGUGGAGUUUGCGACCUACGCCGACAUGAAGAAUGCUAUCGACAAGCUAGACAACAUGGAGCUGAGCGGCCGGAAGAUACGCCUGGUGGAAGAGCGCAAGAGGAACAAGAGACGAUCGAGGUCCCGCUCCAGAUCGCGCUCCAGGUCUCGAUCCCGUUCUGCGUCCUCGAGGUCCCGCAGCCCACGCCGUUCCAGGAGCCGCAGUCGGUCGGAGUCCAGGUCUCCCACUCGUUCGCGGUCCAGGAGCCCAGCCAAGAGGAACAACCGCUCCGCGAGUCGUAGCCGGUCCAAGUCAAAGAGCAGGGACAAGUCCAGGAGCCGUAGCUGGAGUCCCAGCAAGGAAGGAGACGCAAAGGAGAAGUCCGCCUCAAAGUCUCCCCAGCCAGAGAACGAUGGCGGCUCCGACAAAUGCAUUAAUAAAUAUCUUCCGCGCUACUCACGUCGUUUAGGACCAACAAUGACGAUCCGAGUCUUCGUCGGCCAUUUGAGCUAUCAGGUCCGAGAAAAAGAUAUCGACCGAUUCUUCAAGGGUUACGGUCGUGUAGGAGACAUUCAUCUCAAGAAUGGCUUCGGCUUUGUGGAGUUUGAUGACCAGCGCGACGCAGAAGAUGCUAUAGCCGAUCUUAACGGCAAAGAACUGUUGGGAGAAAGCAUAUCCGUGGAGUUGGCCCGUGGGACACGUAGGGGACCAGGCGGGUACCGUGGAGGAGGUGGUGGCGGAGGAGGCUACCGGGGCCGUGAAGGAGGCUACCGUGGUGGAAGUGGACCCAGUCGUCGAUCGCCUCCGCAAAGUCGGUAUGGGCCACCCUCAAGGACAGAGUUCCAGCUCACGGUGGAGAACCUCAGCAGCCGAGUCAGCUGGCAGGACCUGAAGGACUUCAUGCGCCAGGCAGGUGAGGUGACUUACGCUGAUGCGCACAAGUUGAGGAAGAAUGAAGGUGUGGUAGAAUUUGCCAACUACGCCGACAUGAAAAACGCUCUGGAGAAGCUGGACAACAUGGACCUCAAUGGCCGCAAAAUUCGUCUCGUCGAGGAGCGCAAGCGAAGCAAGAGGAGGUCCCGUUCGAGGUCGCGUUCGAGAUCCCGUUCCCGGUCGGCAUCGUCCCGUUCUCGGUCCAGGACCCCACGUCGUUCUGCGAGUCGCAGCAAGUCCCGGUCCAGGACUCCGACGCGAUCAAGGUCCAGGUCCCCGCCCAAGCAAGCCAAUCGGCCCGCGAGCCGCUCAAGAAGCCGGUCUAGAAGCCGCAGCUGGACUCCAGACAAGGACGCCGCUGAACAGAAGUCAGCUUCCCCGCAGAACGAUCGAGAGAACGGCUCAGGAGAUAUCAACAUGACAAUUCGUGUCUUCAUCGGACACUUGAGUUAUCAAGUCAGAGAAAAGGACCUCGACAGGUUCUUCAAAGGCUAUGGUCGUGUUGGAGACAUCCAUUUGAAGAACGGAUUUGGUUUUGUGGAAUUCGAUGACCAGCGUGAUGCAGAAGAUGCAAUAGCGGAUCUAAAUGGCAAAGAUUUACUGGGUGAAAGAGUCACUGUUGAACUGGCCUACGGUAGCAGACGCAGCCUAGGAGAGAAGUUCAUUCCGCCUCCGUCACGUGAUUGGAGGUCUGCACCGCCAAGACGGCAGCAAGGCAGUCGAUACGGGCCACCUACUCGCACAGAGUACCAACUCGUCGUGGAGAACCUAAGCAGUCGUGUUAGCUGGCAGGACCUGAAAGAUUACAUGCGCCAGGCAGGAGAAGUGACCUACGCUGACGCUCACAGGCUCAGGCCCAAUGAGGGCGUCGUGGAGUUUGCCAGUUACCGGGACCUGAAGAACGCCCUGCACAAAUUGGACAACACGGAACUCAACGGUCGCAGGAUUCGACUCAUCGAAGAUAAGCGGAGCAAGUCGGGCAGGCACAGAUCCCGAUCCCGCUCGAGGUCACGGAGGAGAUCUCCCCAGUCCCGCAGCCCGAGGUCCCGUUCGGAAUCUCGCUCGAGGUCCCGUUCCAGAUCAAAGUCCCGGUCGCCAUCGAGGUCCCCCAGACCGAGGGAGUCCAGGUCGCCCGUGCGGCGCUCGUCCAGACACGACAGCCCCACCAGGUCGCAGUCAAGGUCGCCCAGCAAAUCCCCGAGGAACGCCACGUCCAAAUCACCCUCGCCCAACGACGACCGGGAUAGUUAAACGAGAGGAAGUCCUCUGUAUUCCCUGUAUCAAAUGUAGCUGCUGGAAUGUCUCUAUUUCCUCAAACGUAGCCGGUGAAGCGUAGCCGGAAUGUCUCGUGUGUUUGCAUGGAUCAGAGUAGAAUAAAAUCGCUGUGAAGUACG